CUUCUCCUGAGACACUUGGAACGAGGAAGACUUCUGAAUUGAACAAGCUAAAGGCACAGUACCUAUGGACUGGAGGGAAUCAGCUAAGAGUGAUUUCUAGAAGCAUAAAGGGAAGGACAUCAAACUCUGUCUUGGAACCUGAAGUUAAAUUCGUGGGCAUAUUAUUUAGAAGUCAUGGGCUGUAGCAGUUCUUCAACAAAAAUCAACAGUGCUAAGAAUGCACUGAAAGCCGCAUUAGUCAUCCAAAACUGGUACCGAGGCUACAGAGCUCGGUUGAAGGCCAGACAACAUUAUGCACUUACCAUCUUUCAGUCAAUCGAAUAUGCUGAUGAACAAGGCCAAAUGCAGCUAUCCAACUUUUUCUCCUUCAUGUUGGAAAACUAUAGAAAGAUACAGAAUGAUGAUCCAGCAAUAGUAACUCGACUUCUUGAAACCAACUUGCAGGACAGCCAGAAUAAACAUGCAUAUAUGGGGUUGAUAGAGGUCCCAGACUCCUAUGAUGGUCCUCGGCUGAAAUUUCCCCUCACUUUUACUGAUAUUGAUUUGCUUCUCAAGGCCUUCCAACAACAGCAGAUACUUCAUGCUUAUUAUGUUUUAGAGGUGCUAUUUGAAGCCAAAAAAGUCUUGAAGCAAAUGCCGAAUUUCACUCACAUACAAACUUCUCCCUACAAAGAGAUAACAGUCUGUGGUGAUUUGCAUGGGAAACUAGAAGAUCUUUUGCUAAUCUUCUAUAAGAAUGGUCUCCCUUCAGUGAACAAUCAAUAUGUUUUUAAUGGUGAUUUUGUAGAUCGAGGAAAAAAUUCCACAGAGAUCCUAAUGAUCCUGCUUGUGAGUUUUCUUGUCUAUCCAAAUGAGUUGCACUUGAACAGAGGGAACCAUGAAGAUUUUAUGAUGAAUCUGAGGUAUGGCUUUACAAGAGAAAUUUUACAAAAAUACAAGCUACAUGGGAAAAAAAUUUUGAAAAGUGUGGAAGAAAUCUAUACCUGGCUCCCAAUUGGUACGAUUAUUGACAACGAAAUCCUCAUCAUACAUGGUGGGAUAUCAGAGUCUACAGACUUGAAUUUACUCCACCAAAUACAAAGAAAUAAAAUGAAAUCUGUGUUAAUGCCACCAGUGUCAAAUAGAGAAUUUGACAGCAGCUUAAAGAAUAAAGCAAGUUCAAGCAGUGCUACACCAGGGACAUCAGAAGAUUCCUCAUCUGAGCAGUUAACAAAGCAUGAAUGGGAACAAAUUGUUGACCUUCUGUGGAGUGACCCUAAAGGCAGAAAAGGCUGUUAUCCAAACACAAGUCGAGGAGGGGGCUGCUAUUUUGGACCAGACAUUACUGCGAAGAUUCUUAAUAAAAACCAGUUGAAGAUGAUUAUUAGAUCUCAUGAGUGUAAGCCUGAUGGGUAUGAUAUCUGCCAUGAUGGAAAGGUUAUUACUAUAUUUUCUGCUUCCAAUUAUUAUGAUGAAGGAAGCAAUCGAGGAGCUUACAUCAAACUGUGUUAUAAUACAGCCCCACGGUUUUUCCAGUACCAAGUAACUACUACAUCAUGCCUGAACCCUCUUCACCAAAGGGUGGCAACUAUGGAAAACAGGGCCAUCAAGAUAUUAAAAGAGAGAAUGAUUUCACAAAAAACUGAUCUUAUUAAUGCUUUCCAACUUCGAGACCACAGUAAGACAGGAAAAAUUUCAUUGGCCCAGUGGGCUUUUUCUAUGGAGAGCGUUUUGGAGCUGAAAUUACCAUGGAGAUCCCUACGUUCGCAUCUGGUAAAAACGGACAGUGAUGGAAAUGUGGACUACAUGUCCAGCUUCCAGGAUGUCCACAUUGAAAGACCUAUGGAAGAGGCUACAUCUCCUCUAGUUGAAACUCUAUACAGAUACCGAUCUGACCUGAAUAUCAUUUUUAACAUCAUGGACUCUGAUCACUCAGGCCUGAUCUCCAUGGAAGAAUUUCGGACCAUGUGGAAACUUUUUACCUAUCACUACAAUGUUCAGAUUGAUAAUUCCCAGUUUGAUGAGGUUAUCAACAAAAUGGAUGUCAACAAAGAUGGAAGCAUUGACUUCAAUGAGUUUUUUAUGGCUUUCCAUGUUGUGCAUAAGUAUGACAAGAACGCAACAGAUAUUACACUUCCUAACAAAGAACAAAAGAUUCCCUUAGGCUCCUUCGAAACAAGUGAACCCAAAUUCCAACAUUAAGCAGAACCAUUGAAACUCUUAGUAGUUGAGAAAAAUAGGCUCUAGUUAAUACCACACUCAGAUGCACUAGUGUUAGA